UUGCCAUUACUCUUUCGCUUUCACUCUCUCUUCAAGGACACGAAUACCCAUCUUUCAUUUCUCUCUCUCUAAGUAAAAAAGGUUGUAUCCUCCUCUCUCUUUCAACAUCACUUGUUUGUGUUUGUGUGUGUGAGCUGAAGCCUUAAAAAAGCUGAGGUAGGAGGGUUUUGAACAGAACAGAACCCAAAGAAUUCAAUAAAGUUUUGUUUUUGAGUGGGAAAGGGCUUCAAUGAAGAGCGGGGUACCAAAAGUAGCACAGAAUCUGAAAUGGGUAUCUUUCUCCUGCUACUUUUAGCUUGUCUCUGAUGCUGCCACAACUCUGACUAGGGUUUUGAAUGGCCUAUUUAUUGUACUGAAAUCAAUGUUCUUUUGUUUUCUUUUUGACUGCCUUCUUCCUGCACACUUUGACAGCUUUCCCUUGAAACUUUCUUUUUUACUGCUUAUCUUGUUUCUUGUGUCCUUGGCCAUUGGGGGUACUUUCCUUUGUUCCAAUUUUUAGGACACUUCAGUUCUUUGGUGGGUUAGCUUAGGAAGUGGUGGCAAUUUUGGUACAUAUUUUUGUACUGGGUCGCUUCAAGUUCAGCGCCUUGGUGUUUUUAAGGCCAUUAAUUGAAGUGUGUCUUUCUCGUUUAGUUCUAAUAAUUGAUGUCCUUGUAGGUAGUUAGCUAUCGAUAUGUUUGGUUUUAGGUAAUUUCUUUCUGUUUGGUGGAUUGAGCUUUUGAAGCAAUAUCUAGACACCACUGUGAAUUGUGAAGUUUCUCACGCUGUAUGUUCAAUUUCUGUUUGUGUCUGGUCUCAGGUGGAACUUCUUUUUAUAGAUAGAAGAAACUAGAGCUUCUUGUUUAAAUUUAUUUUCCUAUUUCCCCUGCAUCCUUCAGUCAGUGUCUCUUUGAUCUUCGGCUAAUUAUAUUGAGGCACAAGAGAAUUCCGGGGCUGGUUAAUUUUUAGAUUCACUUUCUAUUUGACUAAAAUUCUGUAGACUAGUUACUGACAUUUCAAGUAUAACUGUGAGAGGUGUGUUUCUCUUGGCUACCUUUGUUUAUUUUUGCCAAGGAGAGAUGGAUAUGAGUGACAAGGAUAAAUUUGAGUUAGGAAAGAGCAAUGAUAAUCCUAUCAACUACCAUUCACCUGGUGGCAUGUCCUCAGACUGGCGAUUUAACAGUACCAGUAUCCCAAACUCAUCUCUGGGUUUGGUUCCCAUUGAUAAUCAGAUGUCAGUUUGUAGAGGAGAUCUAGUAGGUGCUGCUUCUUGCUCUUCUGCUUCUGUGAUAGACUCAUUUGGGCCAGCCAUGUGGGAACAUCCCACCAAUUCACAGAACUUGGUUUUUUGUGAUAUUAAUGUUCAAAAUAUUGCAAGCAGUUCAAACACAGUAGGGAUUGGAAAAGGAGCCCCCGCUUCAUUGAGAAAUGGUAUUGAUAGAACACUAGAAAUGGGGUGGAAUCCACCUAAUUCCAUGCUGAAAGGUGGAAUUUUCUUGCCGAAUGCCCCAGGGGUGCUCCCACAGAGCUUAUCACAGUUUCCUGCUGAUUCUGCAUUCAUUGAGCGUGCUGCCAGGUUUUCGUGCUUCAAUGGAGGGGAUUUUGGUGAUAUGGUGAAUCCUUUUGGAGUUCCUGAGUCUAUGGGUCUUUUUUCGAGGGGUGGUGGGAUGAUGCAGGGACCAGGAGAGGUGUUUGUGGGCAGUGGGAUGAAAUCAGUAUCUGGUGGACAAGCUCAAAAGAAUGUUAUGAACGCCGGUGAAGCUUCCAAAGAUGUUUCUAUGUCUGUUGACCAUAUGGCUACUGAAGGGAGCCCUCUCAAGAAUGAGACAAAAAGAGAAAGCCUUGCAAGAUCUCGCGAUGAAGCAAAAAAAGGUGUAGGGGGGUCUGGUAAUGGUAAUGACUCUGACGAAGCUGAAUUCAGUGGUGGUAGUGGUCAAGAUGAGCCAUCAUUGUUGGAGGGCAACUGUGGGGAGCUUUCAGCUAAGAGCCUUGGCUCAAAGAAAAGAAAAAGGAGUGGAGAGGAUGCUGAGCUUGAUCAGGCCAAGGGAACCCCUCAAUCUGCAAAGGGUAGCCCUGAAACUCAACAGAAGGGAGACCAAAAACCAACUUCAACUACCAGCAAGGCUAGUGGUAAACAAGGUAAACAGGGGUCUCAGGGUUCAGAUCAACCAAAAGAAGAAUAUAUUCAUGUCAGAGCUCGAAGAGGCCAGGCAACAAAUAGCCAUAGUCUCGCGGAAAGAGUAAGAAGGGAAAAGAUCAGUGAAAGGAUGAAGUUUCUACAGGACCUUGUUCCUGGUUGCAGCAAGGUCACAGGGAAGGCAGUGAUGCUAGAUGAAAUCAUUAACUAUGUGCAAUCACUGCAGCGGCAGGUUGAGUUUCUAUCAAUGAAACUUGCAACGGUGAAUCCAAGGCUGGAUUUUAACAUAGAAGGACUCCUCGCAAAAGAUAUCCUUCAGUCACGUGCUGUUCCUCCAUCCUCUCUGGCAUUUUCCUCAGAAAUGCCAAUGGCUUAUCCUGCAUUACAUCAAUCUCAACCAGGGCUUAUUCCCACUGCUUUUCCUGGAAUGGAGAGUCACUCUGACAUAAUCCGGAGAACUAUUAAUUCUCAAUUGACAGCCAUGACUGCAGGAUUCAAGGAACCUGCUCAGCUACCCAAUGUAUGGGAUGAUGAGCUCCACAAUGUUGUCCAGAUGACCUAUGGAACCAGUGCUCCCCAAGACAGCCAAGAUGUAAAUGAGCCACUGCCACCAGGACAUUUGAAAGUUGAACUUUAAUUAUUCUCCUUGGCCUCAAUGCGUUAUAUUCAGGCACAUAUGCUUGUAUUAAUAUUCUUGAGGAUUAGAGCACUUGUGCUUCUCUUCAAAUCUUGAAGAUGGUGAAAUUACAGAUGUUUCUGGCUGAUCAGUUUGAAGCUGGAGGUUAGUUGCAGUUAACCAGCAGGGUUUUGAGAGCUUGGAUGGCUAUUGAUACUACCGCAACCUCCAUGCGUCUAUCACUUGAUCAUUAUAAUGCUUGUUACCAGAAAUGCGAAUGGAUAGUUUUGAGGCUAUGAAUUUAAAAAUGUAUAGAUCGACCUUCCAAAUGAUAGGCUAAUGGGAAACUCGUGUGUUGUCUAGCCCGUGUAAUUUACAAAACCAUGGGAAUUGUGUUUGUUUGUUAGUCAAUGACAGGAUGUAAUGCUAUUCUUUUUUCUUUCUUGCUA